ACUAAACUUUAUUCUGCAUAAGGGUUUAUCAUUGAUCAUUCCGUUUACGUUUAAACUGUUUAUUGGAAAUGCUCAAAUUUUACUCUCGGGUUGUCCAUCCAUUUACUUACUGAGAUAUUUUAUCUCACGUUUUCCUCGUCCACCAUUUCAGGUAGUGAGACCCGACGCGUGGGAAGCCCGGGAGAGUGACGAGCUAGACGGCUAGGUAUUUUUGGAGUUAGUUCUGUAGCUAGGCCGUUAGCCACCCAUGCGGAUUUAGGAAUUUUGUGUACAGGAUUUAGUGUUAGUCAUGAUUGUAUAUAUGAAGUGAUAAUUUUGUACAUUCACUGGUAACUAUUUGGUAAAGUAAAAAGGCUUAGAUUUGAAUUACCUGAAUUGCUAAAUGGCUCCAAAACGGCGUGGGCGGCCCCCGAGGGGUAGCCAUAAGGAUCAGGGCACUCCUCCAAUCCCAGAAGCUAGUCCCCCUACUCAAGCUGCUCCGCAGGAGGGAGGGACGAGCAAUCCCCAAGUGGCCAGCUUUGCUCGGGAACUUAUGGCAGAGAUAAGACGCCAAGUGUCUCCUGCCACAAGUGUACCACCUUCAUCCCCGGUGGUCUCCACUCCUAUGGCCCCUGCUCCGGUUUCCCCUGUUCCUAUCUCUUCUGCCCCUGCUGUGCCUGUCUGGAAGAUUUAUACAGAAUUCCAGAAGGUGAUGAAGAACAAGGGAUUCGAUGGUACUGCAGGUUUUGAGCAGGUAGAAUCGUGGAUCACCGAGGUGGAGCGGGGAUUUCACCUACUGCAUGUUUCUGAUGACCUUAAGGUCAACGUAGGCACUUACAUGCUUUCUGGGAAGGCAUUAACUUGGUGGGUGAGUUAUAUGAAGCUACACCAAGGGGAGCCUGAACUGAGCACCUGGGAGGGUUUCAAGAAGGUGUUCAUGCGGGAGUUCAUACCGGACAGCAAGAGGCGAGAACUGCAAAGGAAAUUUACAGAUCUAAAACAAGGGUCAAGUACUGUUGAGCAGUACAAGGAGGAGUUUGACCGCUAUCUGCCUUUUGUGGGUAGCCAAGUCGGCGAUGAGCAAGCCAAGGCCGACAAAUUUCUGUGGGGCUUAAAUUCUGACAUUUAUUUGGCGGUAAACCAAUUUGAACCCGCCACUUAUCGAGAGGCUGUGGACAGAGCUAUAAAUUAUGAGAAGGCUAUGGCUAGGGUCAAGUCCUCAGGGCAGUCUAGUGGUGGGUCAUCCCUUGGGAAGAGGAAAUUCGAUGGGAGCCGUAGGCCCUUUGUCCCUGCACCGCCUAGGCCUGCUAUCAGCAAGGGUUCUAGAUGGUCAGGAGCCACCCAGACUGGGGGCCAAGCAUCCACGGCCCAGCGUGCUCGCCCUACUCCACUUACUUGCCUCGUUUGUGGGAAGGUUGGGCACACCCAUGAUCAGUGCCACUUUGUUACCGGAGCUUGUUUCAGAUGUGGCAAGCAAGGACAUCAGAUUGCAAAUUGUCCACUGCCAAACCCCAAAACUCAAAGUACUCAAUCUACAUCUCAGCAGGGGUCUACCAAUCAAGGGGCACCGAAGCAGAAUGUCGGGGUUAGGACAAGAGCCCAGCAGGCAAGAGCCCAAGCCCAGCAGGCAAGAGUUCACGUGAUGACCCAUCAGGAAGCUGCGGCUACCGACGUAAUCACGGGUACCUUGCCUGUCAACUCUGAUUUUGCACAUGUUUUAUUUGAUUCGGGUGCAUCGCACUCCUUUAUUGCUCGAUCUUAUGCUUUGAAACGAGCUUUGCCUGUUGAUACUUCUGAUUUUGAAUUGCAUGUGGACACCCCUUUAGGAGGGGUGAUGACUACUAAAGAUGUGUGUAGGACUGUGAAUAUUUAUAUUGAUGGUAGACAGUUGAGUGCUAGUUUGUUUGUUUUAGAUAUCUCCGAUUUUGAUAUCAUUUUGGGGAUGGAUUGGCUGUCCAAAUAUUUUGCCUCUAUAGAUUGUCAUCGGAAAUGGGUAGUUUUUAAUAUUCCUGGUGAGCCAGAAUUUAGUUUUCAAGGCAGUGGUUCUUUUGCUCCACCCGUGUUAGUAUCUGCCUUGCAGGCUCAGAAAUAUCUUGUAAAUGGUUGCCAGGGUUUUCUAGUCUCCGUUACUGAUGCUAGUAGUGUGACACCGAGACUAGAGGACAUACCGGUGGUACGUGAGUUUCCGGAUGUGUUUCCGGAGGAUCUCCCAGGUUUACCUCCGGAUAGAGAGGUUGAAUUUGCUAUUGACCUUGUUCCUGGCACCGGACCCGUUUCCAAAGCACCAUACCGUAUGGCUCCUGCAGAAUUGAAGGAGUUAAAGGUCCAGCUGGAGGAACUCCUUGAGAAAGGAAGGAUGGGAGCAUGAGGCUAUGCAUUGAUUACCGGGAAUUGAAUAAGGU